GCACUAUCAGUCGCAUGGUGGCCGGUGUCGAAGUGUUCCUGACUCCUGGGUCUCGCAGGUGUUGUUGUACCUAACUCGUGCUCUUCUUAGACGACUACGACGUGCCGUCCGUUAUUACUUUUUUUUACGAUCGUUCUUCGCGCUGCAUCCUAGACUCAAUUCGAAUCUUUCGUUAGAAGAUGUUCGGUUGAAUGGUUGAAAAUCGAGGAGCAUGUGAAUUCUUAGGGGCUUAAGGGCCCCCGGGCCCGUGACUAGAUCGUCAUUAGACUGUCUUAAUCGAAAUGAAUGCUGCACUUGCCGUUAGACUUCGAUUGCUGUUCAUUGCCCAUUUCAUUUAUUUGUUUCAUUUUUGUUUAGGUGGUACUUGUUGGUCAGCUAUGGUACGUAACGGAAACGGGCGCUGUACAGAACUGCUUCACGAGAAAAUUUCUAAAGAAGACUGUUGUUCUGGUCGCUCAGUGACGACUUCCUGGUCUUCCGAGGAAUUAGACUCUGGAACGUUAUUUUUUUGGAGAAUACUCGGCGGUGGAGUACGAUGCUCUUCGUGUCGAGAUUCUUGUAAAGAAGUCGUAUGUGAUGUAGAUAAGACUUGCGUUUUGAGGAAAGGUACUCCAAAAUGCGUAUGUGCUUCUAAAUGCAAAGAAGGUAAAUUGCGUUCGCUUAAAGGACCUGUUUGCGGUACAGAUGGUCGAAGUUAUCGUAACGUUUGUAGAUUAAGAAAACAAUCUUGUCGUCGUAGAUCAAACUCCCUGACUAUCGCUUACAAGGGCAUAUGCCAAAGUUCCUGUGAUAAAAUUGUGUGUCCAUCGAAUAAGCACUGCUUACUGGAUCAAAAUUUAACCCCGCAUUGCGUUAAUUGCACGAAAAAAUGUCCUAAUGCUCCGAAACGUCGACAAGUGUGCGGAUCGGACGGAUUGACAUACACCAGCGCUUGUCAUUUGAGAGAAAAAGCUUGCAGAAGAGGGAAAGCUAUCCCUAUAGCAUAUAAAGGAACUUGUCGAGCAAAUGCUACUUGCAAGAAAGUAAAAUGUCGAGAUGGUCAAUCGUGUCUAAAAGAUCUUAAUUCGGGUAUGCCGAGAUGUGUUAGCUGUACGACUAGCUGUAAACCUCGACAUGUUAUGAGGGGUCCAAUAUGCGGUACUAAUAACAGUACCUAUCAUACUUGGUGCCACAUGAUGCAAGACGCUUGUUUCAAAGGAUACUUCAUCGAUACGAUGUAUCAUGGAAGGUGCAAGGUGAAAACAUCACAAUUUAAUUAUUAUUUAAAAGUAUAUGCACGAUACGGUUUAGAUAUGGAGAUAAAUCUGUUCUUUCCCUCUUAUAUAACAUCCAUCCGUUCCAUACACAAAAUACGAGGGUGAUCGGGAAAGUUUAUAUAUCUCUCUCAUAUACGAUAAUAAAAAAUAGCUGAAAUUUUAGAGAUAAUCUUUUCAGAUAACCCUUGUGAUUUAUCCCCUAUUGAACAAAGCAAAAAAACACAAUUCGCACAUUUCUGUACCUCAUAUACUGUACUUUUAUCAUUGUACUGUGUUUAUAGAUUUCACAAACGAUGCGGCAAUAAUGUAGAUAAAUUAGUCUUACUUCUUUCCUUGCAAAACUCAUACUAAUGACCUUGUAGUUAUUUUUUCACUAACUUGAAUUUCUUUUUCUGCUGUCGAACUUUUUGUAUCGUUCUAAAAUAUCACUAAGUUCAUUCUCCUAUUUUAAUCGUAUUUUCUCCUCUCUACUUAACACGUUUUAUAUGAUGAAAAUUUUUAUCAUGCUUAAAGCAACGUUGCCGUUGGUAUUUAGUCUAACGUAUGAAAAUUUAUGACUCAAGAUGUUCUUAAAAUCAAUUCGAUUUGUUACCUAUCGCGUUUCCUGAUUGAAUAUCUUUCGAUAUCAUAAAACGAAGUGAAAUGAUGAUGUAAGAAGGAAGGGAUGCCAUAAUAUACUUUCUAAAUACUAAAAGUCAUUUAUCUCGUGAAAUAAUAAUAAACUUGGCAGUUUAGAAAUACAUACAACACCCACUUGUCGUAAUAUAAUGAAUAAUACAAUAUGGACGUGUGCCAGUAAAAUGUAAUUGGUCAUUAAAAUUAUUGCACACACUGUUUCAUGUAAAAUGUAUCAAAACAUAUCCACAAAUUGACAAUAUUUACAGAAAAUAUUAUUAAUACACACAAAAAAGUUGAAUUAGUUAAUUAAUGAUAAAGUUAAAUUUAGAUUAAUGUUUUUAAAAGUACUACAUACAUUUAUUUACUUAUAGUCGUUUUUUUUUCAUCCUCCGAUCGCUCCGUGCAGACGCUUCGCGAGCAGAAGAAAACGAACAUGCGCUGUAGGUGACUGCGAAGCUCUCAUACUACACAUUCCGUCAUUGUUGAUAUUCAGGCGUCAGUCGGCGUUGUGUUACAGCCACGUAGUUUUUCUUUCUAAUUGAUUUUGGUUAAAAACUUAUAAUAAGAUGCGUAGGAGAAACAUCAAAACAUACACAAAAUAGUUCUAAAGUUCAUGAAUAUGAUAAAAGUUAAAAAAAACUUUAUCUUGACAAAUAUAUGAAAAAAUUUUGUUUCGGCUCUCCCACACGUGUCCCAAUAUGUAACUUUUUGAAUGAAGCUGUUAUAAUUUCUUCCAUGAUAAUACACCUGCACAAAGCCAUCAUUCUAACGCACCUGACUUAGUCCCGUGAUAUUUUUUUUAUUCCCACUAUCAAAAUAAUGAAAGAUGGUAUAUUAGUACAAAAAAUGUUUAUAACAAUGAUAGUACUGGUAGGAUUACUUGUAAUAGAGUGUAUUUUGAAGAGGAUGACUUUUUCUUUAAAUAAUUUCUGGUUCUUUCUCGUAUUAUUAUCUAUUAACUAUUUUUUUUUUUUGUUUCAGCACAAACUAACGACGAUAUGAUCAUCAUAUUGUGAUUAGUAUUAAAAUAACCAAGCCAAAGAAUUACAACGAUCUGGAUAUAUAUUGUUGAAAUAAAUUUGUAGUAGUAAAAUUAAACGUACAUUUGUAGCUAAUAUAAUUGAUAACAUAAUUCCGAUAUAGAAACAUUGAGUAUAUAAAAUGGUUGUUAUAGUUAGUAAGGUUAACUAGGUAUUAGCAUUGUAAAGAGUUUUUUUUAAGAAUUAAAUUGCGAUUAGAGAAAUAA